ACUAGCACAAGGGAUGUACUACUUAAGAUCUCCCGUGGGAUCUUAUCAGUCAGCUCCUCUAGGUCUUCCAGGAUUAAAAGGUGCUUCAGCCGUGGGAUCUUAUCAGUCAGCUCCUCUAGGUCUUCCAGGAUUAAAAGGUGCUUCAGGAUACCGUGGUUACAUUCACCAACCAAUUGCCGGACAUUACCUUCACCAGCCGCUCUUUCCAUCGACAACGACAACAACAUCAACAACUACAACACCAAAACUCGUGGAUAUGUUGCCGUGGCUUGCAUCAAAAUUAAAUCCAAAUGGAACUUUAACUAUUGGCCAAGAUGUUUAUGAAUUGGGAGACUUCUCAUAUCCAAUGAUAAUCAUACAAAAGCCAUGCCUCAAAACACCUUUCGAUGCUACGCAAACUGGAACAUGUUCUACCUUGCCCCGUUGCCCCGAUGUUUACUCUAAUCUGACAAAUUUCUCCAUUUAUCAGCAAUAUUUCUGUGCCAUCGAAACAACUGAUAAGAAAUACGCUGGAGUAUGCUGCCCUCUGCGAAAUCAGAAAAAUGAUAUUUUUUAAAGGUUCAUUAUUUCUUGAUUUCAA